CAAAAAGAGUCGCAAAGUCUGUCCAAAUCGGUAACCGUUGACCUGAAAGAGCUGUUCACACCAUUUGUUGUGACCCAAGCGGUGGAGACGACACUGAGUGCCACCAAAGAUGUAAAAAGUGUGAAACGAUUGCAAUUCGAGUCAAACGCCGAUAAGAAUCGUUUCGAACCGAAAAGAGUUGAGUUAAACGCCGACGACUUGACCGUCACUUUGAAUCCAAUGGAAAUCCGGACUUUCAUUAUCACUACUAAACCCCGAUAA